AUGAUUGUUAUUUUAGAGGCGAACGAAAGUUUUGGUGCUCAAUGGACGGCUUAUGCAGCAAUCACUUGUCUAGUAUGGACUGUGAUCCUGUGUGUAUUUCUAUUCUUAGUAUUUAAGAAUAAUUUGAGAAUUUCAUUGAUCCUGAUAGGAAUUAUAAUUGCAUUAUUGUCUGCAGCUAUCUGUUUUAUGUAUUGCCAAGGGCCUGAUAUUAAGUAUAUGAGUCAGCUGAAGUAUUUUGAAUUGAUUGGCGGCUUUUGGAACACUACCGUAGCUAUAUUGGCUCUAGUUUUUGCCAGCUCAUUGAAAUAA